CACCGAUGUGGUCGUCGGAGAGGACCUGCUCAAAUGAAUAGACGCCGCUCGCUGUCGUGCUAGUUCGCGCUCACCACAGCCACGCGUUUCAGCGCACUACAGUCGACAUCGCCUCAACAUUUAUAUGUAUGUGCAUAGGGACCCGCAGACAUUCUUCAUCUCCACCCACACCUCCAUAUCACCAGACCAUGUCGUCAUCAGACCCCGCAGCGUACACUGAGCACUUCAAGCAGACCCUACAGGCUCUAGUUGACGAAGAUGAACGGUUGAAGCCCUUCUUCACUCUGCUGCAGGCAGUCGAGGAGCCGAACGUCGAUCACCAACAAGGCGUUCUGCAGGCCUUCGCUGACCUUCAAACCUCAAACGAGGCCGCAGGGCACGGCCCGAGCAAGACGGCUGACGCCAAGACCGGGCUUCACCUCUUCCAGCUACAUCCGUUCCACGAGAUGAUACAGCUCGGGCGCCAGGUCGAAGGCGACGUCUUGCACGUUGUGCACUCCUUGGAGCCCCGCAACAAGCAGCCUACGUUCAGCAAUUGGGGAAAGACCGUUUCGUACGAUCCCGGGUAUACCCUGGUCAUCCGUACUAUUUACGGUGUAUGUGAAGUGGUGAAAUGGGCGGCUCAGAAGGGAAAGAAGGUCCGUGUUGCGGGUUUCCGUCACACGUGGGGUGAGCUGUACGGUGCCGAAGGCGACGUCAUGAUCAUGUUCCUACCUAUCGAGAGCCUGACGAAGCUCCCGUACAAGCAGCCUCCAUCCGACUGGAAGACGGAACUCUCGGGCAUCGAAGUCGUCCCGUCCGUCGCCGGCCGUGUCCCUCCGCCAGGCCACGCCUUCUGCAAGAUCAUGGCGGGCACGACGAACGAUCAGCUGCGCCAGUGGAGUCUCAACAACAAGACGUGGUGUAUCCCGUUCAACGUCAUCAUGGUCGAGAUCACAUUUGGCGGGAGCAACGCGCCGAUCUGCCACGGCUCCGGUUUCUCGAGCACAACACUCUCCGACAUUGUUGUGGAGGUCACGUACGUCGAUGCGCACGGAGAGCUCCAGGUCGUGAACGACCCUGCCGAGCUCCGUGCUGCAAGCGGAUGCUUCGGCUUGCUUGGUGUCGUCGUUUCAAUCACUCUUCAGCUCGACGCGAUGGGGGUGGCGGAACUUGUCCCCGUGCACACGCCGUUGCCUCUCGCUAUACCUCCGCCGAAGGGCUACCCCGUCCCGAAGCAGGUACAGAGUAUGAUUGAGAAGGCGAAGAUCACGGAAGCACAGCUUGAGGAAGCAAGGGCGGACUUCAUUCGGAGAUGCGAGGAGGACUACUAUCUAGAGUGGUUCUGGUUCCCGUACCAGGAACACGUCUGGAUCAACACUUGGAACAAGUAUCCAAUGACUCCUCGGGACGGAGAUCUCAAGCCCUACCCGGGCGACGGUUGGCUCGAUGGCGUCAAGUCGCAAGAGCUCCAAGAAACCGCCGCGCAAGUUGUCACGAGCUUCUUCCUGUGGAAGGACCUUCCAGGUUACAUGCAGGCGUGGCUGUUCGGAGUAGCGUCCAUGGCCGCCAUGCCAAACAUUACCGAUCCGAAGAAGGCCAUCAAGACCUACGUUAGCGAAGCUUUGCAUUUCAGGAGAGGGAUCCAGAACUUCCGCUGCUGGGAUACGGAAUGGGAGGUCCCUAUUCCAUCGACGACGGAGGGGAAGAGAGACUACACCCUGAUCCAACGCGCAUGGUGGGACGGUAUCUCCGCGAUGUACGCUGAAGCACACGAUGCGCCUGCCCGUAUUGCACUGGAAAUGCGGCUAACAGGUGACUCCAACGUCAUCCUCGCGCCUCAACGAGGAAACACAUUCGGCACAGCGUCCAUCGAGGUGUUGACGACUCUCGCAACUCCUGAGCCCAUGUGGGCAGACUUCAUGCAGCUCGUCGCUGACAAGUGGACAAGUUAUGACUCAAAGGGAGCGGAUGGCAGACCGCUGCUCCCUCGGCCACAUUGGGCGAAGCAAUGGAAUGGGCUGCAGGUCCACGGGAAGUCUGUCAAACAAUACAUGAAGGAAGACGCUUUCAAGGAGGCGUUUGCGGAAUUUAGAGACACCUUCGGUCAGAUAGUCACUAGUCGAGGGUGCUCGGUGGAGGAGACUCGAUCUCGAUUCGGGAAUGCGUUGAUGGACGACUUGGCCUUCUGAUAUGUGUAGAAACAGUGUUGUGUAUGUCAUAAUCAUAGGUGGCUUCCUCCGUCGUGUCUACGUCCUCACUUUUGCGUGCAGUGUCGCGAGCACGAGGUGGGCUCAUCAAGUCCUCUGACAUGGG